AUGCCUCCUCCCUUCCCAACUCCAACUCCAUCCAGUAAAAUCCCCUCCUCUUCCUCCGUCAAAGACCUCAGCCCUACUAGCCCCUUUACUCUCCCACCCCCACUACCACCACCCUCAAAUCCCGACCUGUACGACUGCCUCCCUCUCGAAACUCUCGACCCAGCUCCACUAAACGCACCAUCUUCCGACCCCAUAUACCUGCGCGCCCCCGAGGACCCGGACCCCGAUCCGCCCAGCGAAUCGCCUCGAAGCAGCGGCCUCCACGUCGCGCCCGCCGAGGCAAUGAUCCCCACUGCACUCUCGACUAUACUCCAGAAGAUGACGGGGUUGUUUGUCAAUAGGCUUUCGGAGAGGGAGAUGGAGGGGAGGUAG